AUGUCCCACCCAGGCACAGCACACAUCUACGCCCCCUCCCUCCUAGCCUUCGAGCACACCCCCCACCCAUCAGCCCAACCAACCAACACACUCCUCUUCAUCGGCGGCCUAGGCGACGGCCUCCUCACAAUCCCGUACCCGCGCCACAUCGCCGCCGCCCUCCCACCCACAUGGUCACUAUGCGAAGUCCUCCUCUCAUCCUCAUACACCGGAUGGGGCGUGGGCAGCCUAGCGCGCGACGCUAUGGAACUGGGGGAGUGCGUUGCGUACUUCAAACAAAGAAGGGGAGGGGGGAAGGUGGUGAUAAUGGGGCAUUCGACGGGGUGUCAGGAUAUCAUGGAGUAUCUUGUUGGUGAGGGGAAGGAGGGGAGGCCGCGGGUAGAAGGUGUGGUGAUGCAGGGUGGUGUUAGUGAUCGUGAGGCGUGGGGGGAUUAUGUUGCGCGGGAGGGGGGGAGGGGGGCGUUUGACAAUGUGGUUGAGAUGGCAAGGCGGAUGGUAGGCGAGGGGAGGGGCGGGGAUGUUAUGCCUAGUAGGGAGAAUGUUGUUAUGCAAGAGUUGGGCGCGCCGAUGAGUGCGCAGCGUACGCUUGCGCUGCUGGAUAAAGGGGGCGCGGAUGAUUACUUUUCGUCGGAUUUGGAGGAUGGUGUGUUGGAGGGUACGUUUGGGAGGAUUCCCGGGGAGACGGUGGUGUGCUUUUUGCUGGGCGGGGAGGAUCCGUAUGUACCAAGGAGUGUGGAUAAGGAGGCGCUGAUGGGGCGGUGGGCGGAGGUUGUUAGACGGGGUGGGGGGAGGGUGGAUGGAGUGAAUGGUGGGGUGGUGGAAGGGGCGCAUCAUAAUCUUGAUGGGGAUCCGGAGGAGGUUGUGCAGGAGUUGGUUAGGAGGGUUUGUGGGUUUUUGGGGGGGUUGGGGGCGUGA